CUCGUUGGAAAGCUGAACGAUAAAGCCGCAAAAAUAUUAGUGCAAUUUAAAAUUAGUUAAAUUUCUUCAAUUCAUAAUUUUUUUUCUUUUGUUUGUGUUUAAUGUUUUUAAAUGACAAUGCAAGAAAAUAAUUCUGAAAAAGUGAUAUCUGCCGAAAGUAAUAAAAGUAUAACAGUCGCACAAUUCUUGGAAGGCAAAAAUGUGUUCAUAACUGGUGGAACAGGAUUCUUAGGGACAUUACUGAUUGAACGACUUUUAAACUCAACACCAAAAAUCGGGAAAAUUUAUUUAUUAGUCCGUGCUAAGCAUGGGGUUAGUCCUGAAUGUCGGAUCCAACGGCUAAUGUCCAAAGUUAUUUUCGAUAAACUUAACGAUGAUGAUAAAGCCAAAGUAAUUCCGGUUGUUGGAGAACUAAGUGAAGCUAAUUUUGGUAUUGUUGGAGAUCUGUUGGAAAAACUUCUUAUGGAUGUAAACAUUGUUUACCAUGUCGCUGCCACGAUAAGAUUCAAUGCGUUCCUUGGUGACGCUAUUAAAACUAAUUUAGUUGGUACUCAAGUGGCUGUCAAUUUCGCUAAGCAACUACACAAUCUCGUGUCUUUCAUUUACGUUUCAACAGCAUUUUGUAAUAGUUGUUAUCUGAAUCAAGGGAUCAAAGAACAAGUUUAUCCUUCCCAUCAUGAUCCACAUGAGAUGAUUAAAUUAGUUGAUGAUAACAAUAAUGAAACGAAAGAACUUCCAAAGACUGGCACAAAGGAACUUCAAGAAAUUUUGGGUAUUCAUCCAAAUACUUAUACAUUUACGAAACAACUUGCUGAAAAUUUAAUACUCAAAGAAAUGAGAAAUUUACCUGCUGGAAUCAUAAGACCAUCAAUUGUUUAUGGAACUUAUAAGGAUCCUGACGCUGGUUGGGUUGGAUCAGCCAACAAUGGGCAUAUUGGAUUUCUUGCGGGUUUCACAAAAGGUCUCUUUAGAACGAUGGGGGGAGAUCCAGAUUCAGUCAUGGAUUUAAUUCCUUGUGAUUAUGUGGUGAAUUCAACUAUUGUGCUUUCAUGGUAUGUUGGAAAAAGCCACAUAGAGACUCCUGAAGUAAUUCAUUGUACCAGCGGUGAAAUUAAUCCGUUAACAUUCGGCAAAUACUGCAGAAUGUUGAACAAAGCAACCAAAGCACAUCCAAAUGACUACAUCAUCUGUCAACCCAAAGUUAAAGUUCGAAAUGGUUUUCGUUAUAUGCUUUUCACUUAUUUAUUCCAUUAUAUUCCUGCAUUACUUCUCUACAUUCCUGAGAUGUUUCUCCAUAGUAGUAAAAAAUCAUCGAGAAGAACCAUCGAGUAUGUGAGAAUCUUUGACAAUGGCAUAAAAGCUUUUGAUUUUUUCGUUAGUCAAAACUUUCACUACAAUAUGAAGAAUUCAUUACGGAUUUUAGGAUGCCUUGAACCUGAAGACGCUCAAAAAUAUAACUACAAUGUUGAGUUUUGUGAUUGGGCUAAUUAUUUCGAAACUCAGAUCAUUGGAGUCCGAUAUUAUUUUUAUAAGGAAUCGAAAAAGACAAGCGUCUGGCAUCGAAUAAUGUGGCAUACAUAUGGAGUUGUUCAGUUUUUAUGGUACGUUGUUGCGUUCAUUUGGUUCAAAACAAUUCUAUCAUUGUUUUUCUCAACAACAGUCUCUGUAACUGUUUCUUUAUUAGUUCUUUUGUUUGUCAAAUGGAUUUAAAAUAGCCUGGUUAUUGAGUUUAUUGAAAGGAACUUAGGAUCGUUUAGAAUUUAUUUUACAACUUUACAUGGUUUAUUUAAAUACAUUGAUGUAACUUAAUUAUACAUAUUAUCCCCUUCAUUAAUAAUUUAUAUUUCAUAUUUUAGGUAGAUUAGAAUUUUGCUUAGAUAUGAGAAUUCGAACAUAAUUUGAGUAGCAUAACCAGUUUUUCCUCUGAAAAUCAAAUUGUAAGUUGUUGAGAAUUAAGGAUGAAUACUGCUUCAUGAAUCCGGGUUUAAAACCGAAACCACUAGUUUGAUUAAUUCUAGAUGAAAAAUUAAUUAUGCUACUCAAAUUUUAUUCAAUUUCUGACCCAUUUUUCUUUUUAUAUAAAAUUGAGGCAAUAAAAAAUUGACAUUUAAUUUCUAUAAACCUGAAAA